CUGUGGCACUGCCGGUCGCCAUCUUGAUUUUUGGAUUCAAGUCUUGAUCUUUUUUUCUUGAAGACUCAAAACACCGAUCAGUUACCAAUAAAGAAAAAACGCUUGAAUAUAGUUGAAACUUGAUUGUAACGAGAGGUUGAAAGCUAGUGAGAACGGCGGAUUGUAGGAUUUUUCUUCUUGUCGUCUAACUCGUGAUAUUCUGUUUUGAAUAAUGAACAACAAAAAUAAUUAUCAUGAAGACCUUUUUGAAUACAUCAAAGUUAGUGAAGACGAAGAAGAUUCUAAUGCUGUAGAGAUUCCUUGUGAACUAGAUGGGACUCUGUUGCUGUCGACGUUGGUAGCUCAGUUUCCUGGGGCGUGUGGAUUGAAAUAUAGACAUCGCGAAACCAAGACGAUUCGCGGUAUUCGUCUUAGCGAUGGCAAGUUGCAUCCGCCCAGCGAAGCGGGAUGGGGCAAACUUUUGUAUAUUUGCGUGUUCCCAAAAGAAAAUAAGCGUAAGAUGGAAGAUGUGUCACCUGAAAAUUCAGCAGCAAAAACAAAGCGCUUGGAGAAGAAGCUCACUUGCUCAGACUUAAUAUGUCUGGGCCUGCCUUGGAAGUCAACUGAAGAAUCUAUAAAACAAUAUUUUGAGCAAUUCGGUGAAGUCGUAAUGGUUCAAUUAAAACGAGACAAAAACGGUUCCUUUAAAGGCUUCGGUUUUAUACGGUUUGCUACUUACGCCUCACAGAUGAGAGCCUUAGCUCAAAGACACAAUAUAGAUGGUCGUUGGGUUGAUGUUCGGAUACCUAACUCAAAAGAAGGAGUUGUCCCUCAGAUGCCUUGCAAAGUAUUUGUUGGCAGGUGUACUGAAGAUAUGACAGCAGAGGAUCUUCGGAAAUAUUUCUCAAGCUUUGGUGAAGUGACAGAUGUAUUUGUUCCACGUCCAUUUAGAGCUUUUGGCUUCGUGACUUUCCUGGACCCAGAGGUGGCGCAGAGUCUUUGUGGUGAAGACCAUGUUAUCAAAGGCGCAUCAGUUUCUGUAUCUAGUGCUGCACCAAAAAUCAAAAGCAAGUCCAAUCAGAUUUGGAAGGAUGAAUCUUAUGGUUCCAACAAUUGGGAUGGUAAUAGGCCUGGACCCUCUAGUGGGUCGAAUGGCAAUGGAAACAGUAACAACAUUGAUACAUUAAACAUGCAGAACUUAGGAAUAAAUCCUAAUGGUGGUCCACCCGCCAUUAAUUUACCAAUAAGUCUUGUUGCUGCAGCUCUCAAUCAAGCUGGCUGGGGUGGGUUUUUGGGAGGGCCAGGUAAUACAGGUCCAAAUAACUGGCAAGGUGGUCCUCCUCAAGGCAGCUCAGGUAAAAAUUGGAACAGUAGUCAAAGUUGGGGACAAAAUGGACCACCUCCAGCUUGGAAUCAGGGUAACAAUCCUAAUUGGAAUGGUGGGAAAAAUGGUAAUUGGAAUCAAGGGAAUUGGCCGAGUGGACAGGGGUGGGGAGGUAAUGGCGGAGGUGGAUCUGCAGGCUCAGGGGGUCCGUGGAACAACAAUUCCCAAAAAUGAGCUGCCACAUAAGAGUGAAACAGAUGAAAACGGAUCAAACUUUCUUGAUUUGAAAGAAGUUACAAGGAAAGAUUGCAGUUGGAGGGAUUGGAGAUCUAAGAAGAGAAAUAUGGGUGAUGCUGAUGAAACUAAAACAAAGUUAUUUUAUUGUAUAUUUUUUAUUAAAAAAUGUCUGUUUAUUCAGUAAUUAAAAUUUUAUAUUUACACAUGGAUGUUCAUUUUCACUAAAAGAGACAAAUUACUAAACUAAAACUUCUUACCACAAGCUUGAUAGUCUUUAAUCGAAUUAUUACAAGAACUAGAGCACUUGAUACUCAUGGUAUAUCACAGCAAGCUAUAAAAAUAACAUUUAAAAUUUCCUGUUUUCCAUUGCACUUCUUAUUUUAGGUAAAAUAUGCCACACAGGGAAAACUUAAAGAUUAAAAAAAAGUUUU